ACGGAUUUCAAAUAGCUGCAGCAACUGGCGGAUUUUCAGUUGUGGAGUAUUUUAUUUGGGUAGAGCGGGUGUCAGUCGAAAGUUAGCUCAGCGGCUAAAAGGAGGGAAGCAAGAGUCUGCUUUGGAUAACGACAUUACCAAACGUCAGAAAUAUACAUACUGCACAGUGUAUAUGUUCCACUGUAAGAAAGCCAUCAUGAAAUUCCCUCGCUACGAGGCUACCAUGGCAAACAAAAUGGAGAAAAGCUCUGCUGCUGCAGAGUCCAGGGGGCUUAACCUUAAAUCUUCCCCAGUGAAAGAGCCAAUCCCCAUCAAACCUCAGUGUCCACCUGCAGGAGUGACUACAGCCUUGUUCUCUCUCAACAACAACACUAGAGCAGUCCACAACAAGGAAAACAGCACCAGCAGGGAGCAUGACCGGAUUCUGGAUGAAGGGUUUGAGGACAGCGGCUAUCUGUCUCUGCAGAAUAGUCACAUCGAUGAUCAUCAUGGGGAUACGGAGGAUGAACACAGCCAGGGAAAACCUACAGUAACCCAAUUGCCUUCUGCUGCUGCUACACACCAAGAAAAGGCAAUAUCGCCAAAUAAUUCUCCCUCCAAAUGUAAAGGGAGGACAGACUCUAACCCUCUAGUGACAGCUUCCACUCCUGUGGAUCGUCAGAGGACAGCAGCAUACUCCCUGUCAUCCACCCCAUCAGACCAUCACAACGACCCCAACCUGCCUAUACUGAAGUUCCAGCGGGCGGUGUGUGAAGAGCUUGCCAAGAGCUAUAAGAAGAAUAAAAGGUAUGACUGGAGCAUCGUCACAAAGGUAGCAGAGGAUCAUCUUUUGGACCGGGUGAUCGGAGGCCAGAUGGGCCGGGAGUACGUUGACAUAUUUUCAUGUCUUUUGUCCAGGAACAUGAGAAACAUCCUGAUCAACAUCCUGGCCCUGCUGGGAGACAUGGACCUCAUUAGCUGUAAGAAAGUGAGCAAGACAUGGAGGAGGAUCAUCGGUGAGGAUACAGCAGCUCUGAGCAGGUGUCAAAGAGCCGAGCAGGCACUCAGGGAGUCAAAGAGCUCUUUUAGUGAAAGGAGUUGUAGUCUGACAAGGGAUGUAGCUGUGUCCAGGGUGGUGCUGUCCUGCAUGCAGACCCUGUCCUCAAGUACUCCUUCAUCUUCUUCAUCCUCCUCUUCCUCAUCCACCCCCGGCUGCAGGGUUAACAGACCGAAUACCCACUCUCAGAAGCACCGACAGGCCAACAACCAAUGUACACGGUUCAAUGAAUACGUGCAGGCCGCCAGCAGUCUAAAGCAGCACGAGUCCCUGCGUCCCUGCAAGCGCUGCGGCUCACCAGCAACACAUUUGCCCGAGGUUCAGAGGGCCACGUGCACGCGUUCCAGCUGUCUCUUUGACUUCUGCACCCACUGCCAGGAGGCCUUCCACGACUCGACCCCCUGCAGAGUGGUGCAGCCCCGACCCUACUUCACCACCCCUAAAACCACCCCAAUCAUACCAGGCAGCGCCCGCAGCAAGAGAAACGUCCGGCGCCUGUGAGUUUUUACUCACUGUCGGUUUUUAACUGGGUGGGUCAUGUUUUACUUGACUAAUAGCUGCUGGCUCGGACAGUGAGGAACGUUAUAACUCUCGCUCGGCCUGGAAAGUCUUCUGUAUUUGCACUGUGACAAUUCAACUUACUGAAGCACUUGUGGCGGUGCUGCUGGGACAAUCAACCAGAAAGUGUCAUCUGGCUAAAACUGUUGUCGUCUAUGAGCGACCAUACAUCUGAUGCCAAAAAAAAUAAGAAAUGCAGACUGAUAUGCUUUAAGUUGUAAAUUUUUUUAUUAUGUUUUAAAAUGAAAUGGAUGUAAAUAUAUUGUAUUGUCAAUUUUAAGUUUUGUAUGUUUUUUAAAUAAAUGUUGGUCCCCUUGUGGACCGUUACAUGUUCA